AAUAAAAAUAAAGGACUAAAUGAUAUAACAUUGUAAAAUAUUUACAAAAAAUAAUGUUUUAUAAGAAAUGCUAUCGUAAUCAAAAAAUUCUCAUUAUCCUUGAACAAUCUUUUUUAUAAUUAUGCUGUUUUUUGCACAAUAAUCCUUUUCCUACAUUUAAUACUUUAUGAAAUCGUAUUCCAUACUUUUAAGUGACACAUGUACAUGAUGGAACGUCCAAUCGCGUAUUUAACGAGAAAAGAAGUAAUAUCCAGCUGUCACCGUUUACACAAAAUAUUUUUCAGCGAGAACUUAACUGAGGAAGAAAACAAAAAUAUAUAUGGAAAAUGUAAUAACUAUUGGGGACAUGGUCAUAAUUAUACAGUGGAAGUGACUGUAUGUGGACCUGUAGAUCCUAUAACAGGUAUGGUCAUGAAUAUAUCAGAUUUAAAAUUAUUUAUGAAAAAAGUGUUAAUGGAUCAACUGGACCAUAAGAAUUUGGAUAAAGAUGUACCUUAUUUUAAAAAUACUGUUUCUACUACUGAAAAUGUAGCUAUAUAUAUAUUUAAUGAACUAAAAAGGAUUAUGCCUAACUCAGAUCUUUUAUAUGAAGUGAAGAUCUAUGAAACUGACAAAAAUAUUGUUAUUUACAGAGGAGAACAAAAAUAAAAUAUUAAAUUGGUCUAAACAUAUGUUAAUUUAAAUAACACAAGGUUAUAAAAAGAAGAACACUAACUCGAUGUUACAUUUAUUUCUUUUUUUCUUACACAAAUAUAUUACAAUAUUAUUUCAUACUUCAAGAGAAUAAAUAUCUUGUACACUA